GCCGUUAUGGAGUUCAUGCUUUUACAAUGGCGGAAGUAUACUGCUUCGCUCGGUAUAGAAUUAUACGAAAUAAGUGAUACGAUUGCACAAGUUUAAAGAACCACAAAGAACUUAUUGUUGCAUUAAACGAGAAAGGUAGAAUUUUAUCAAAAUAUUUGCAGAUUCGAAGACCUAAGGAAACCUGUUCGUGUUGAUAGACAAGAUAAUCAAUGGACAAUGCCUCAAAUACAGAAACAUCGGAAACCUAAAAGGGCUAGGGUGGUCAUUAAAAGAUCACAAUGUUUAAGAAACUUCCCUACAAAUAAGUCUUAUAAACCAUUAUGUCAGAAGUUAAGAAAUAAUAAUAAUUCAUUGGCAAAAGCAUUAUCUAAAGAGAAACAAGAGAGUCAGUUUUUAUUUUCACAAAAUGUUGCUUUGAGAGCAGAGGUUCAAGAUUUAGGAUUAGAAUGUCAUAAGCGUGAUAAUGCAAUAGUAAAUAUUUUGAAGAAUGCUAAAGAAAUGCUUAAAAUGCUGGUAACAGUCACUGGUUACUUGACAAAUACAAUUUCAUCGUGUCAAGAAUUUGCAGCAUCUUCUACUAUAAAUUUAAGGAUGUCUUGCAGUUCCGCUGGAAGAAGAGAAUCAUAUAGGAGGCUGUCUACAAAAUCUCCAACCAAAGGAGUUGUGAAGCCUAUGGUGAGCGGGCACACCAUAACAAAACCCACCAUUAGUUUAAGUAGAAUUAAUAUGCGGCAUAUUAAUAAUCCUCCCAACUUAAGCAUAAUAGAAGAGAUACCCUCACCCAUCAGAAAUCAAGAAUUAAGCAAUUUAAUGUCUCCCAUUGCUGUUCCAGCAGCACAACACAGAUAUGAGAGUAGCCAUACAUGCAGAAUGCCUGAGAGACUAACUAUUAGUCCAACAAGGAAUAGCGAAGAAAAUGAACGAAGGUUAAGUAAGAGAAGUAGUAGACAUUCUGGACGAAUAUCAGGAAGGCGUUCAAGACCUAAAUCGGGUAGACUCUCUGGAAGAAAUAGCACUCGAUCUAGUACCGAUAAUUUAGGACGCAUAGGAAGUCCUACAGUGAAACUCAACGAUGUAUCAAAAUUCUUGCAAAAUUCUCAAAGCAUUAACAUUCGAAUGUUAGCAGAAACUCGAAAUGAUCAAGGAUCUGUCAGUUCAGAGAGUACUGAUAAUAUAAACAAAAAUUCUCAGAUAAAUGUUAUAUUAUCAGAAACAUCACCCUCUGAUUCUACACAAGAUGAAAGUGAUAAGAAUAUUGAAAAUAAGAAUAAGAUCGAUCAUGAAUCUGACAGUAUGAACGAUCAAACGGUAGAAAAUGUUAACGAAGUACAAAAUGUUACAUCAAAUUGGGAGGAUCCUCUUGAAGGACCAAGUUGGUUGUUUAACGAUCUUCAAACUGUGCCUUGUAUUAUGGAUAAAGAGAAGACUGAUGAUGUAAAUGUUUCUACCAAUGGUAACACGUAUUUAAUGUUAAAAGCGACUGAUACGAAUGAUGAGUCGGAUAAUGAAGAAUGUUCGGAAUUAAUUUCCCCACUGCCAAUAUUAAACAAACGUAGAGGUCAAGUGAACAAUGAUAAAAGAGAUAAACAAUUAUAUAAUAAAAAUGAUAGCACAGUUUAUCGACAGAUUGCAAACAACGAGAAUUUGUGUGAUACGUCUAUGCCAGCUGCUACAACAGAUGCAGUUGAGAAUGGGCAUAAAAAUGAGGGUGAAUCCACAGUGAGUUUAUCAAAUUUUGUUACGCAAAGACGAGGUUACUUUGAAAACGAUGACGAUGAUGACGAUUACACUUUAAUGUUUGUACGGCAACCGCAUAACAUGGUUUUUGACAUAGACGAUUUGAAGUUGCCCAAUUUAGAAGAGUCUGAGUUAAAAUCAGUAGUUCCAGGCGAACUGGAACCGGAAGUAACAACUACUCUUCGAAAGAUAUCUCACAUUUGUACAAUUCCGUCUAUUUCAAAUAAUAGACUAGAUGAAUCUAUCAUAAAUCAAUCCACAGUAAAACUGCCACUACUCAUAAAUAACGAUUAUGACAAUAAAGACCAAACACAAUUUAAUGAUAGCUCGCAAUUCUUGUCGCAGAAGAAAACAGGAAAGAUAAUUAUGAAUAACUCUACUACCGAGUUGAUUGACACUACAUCACCAUUAAAUAAGAGGAGUAAUUCAAGAAAGAAGAAGCCUCUAAAUAAAGAUCCGAGCUCUGUUAAAGUAGUAUUGCAGAAAUUGAAUGAAUCUGAUGUAAAGUCGAGGACGCCCUCACCCGAAGAAACAAUUCAUAAUUCUAAUCUAUCUACGAGUCCAGUUUUUUCGCGUAUGGACCUUGUUAGCGAUUCCGACAGCAGCAGCACAAGUGUGAGCAGCAGUUUGAAUCGUCCUAGACGGAGAAGAGCUCCGACAAAUUUGCAGGAACCCAGUUUGAGAAAUAAAUUGCGGAGAAAAUUUUAAUACGAAUAUAAAGUAUUCGUCCAUAUUUGAAAUACGAAUGACAGAAUACAUUACUUUGUAUACAAUGUUUUGUUAUUCGUUUAUCGAGUAGCAACAGAUUGUUUCUUAUUAGAAUAAUGUACAUAAUUACUGAGGAAUACAAUAAAUUCGUUGAAUAGUUUUGAAAAGAAUAGAUAUUAAAAUAAUUUUCUUUUUCACUUUGAAUCUCUUUGCUUCCAUCGCUGCGCACAUCUUUGUUAAAUCAAUUACUGUUAAUUAUUUACAGAAAAUCGGUAUUCCUUGACAUAGUCAUACCUUUGUUAA